CGGCAACCGGAACAUGGUGUGGCCUGGCUUUUGCGCUGUCCGGACGAUAGCGAAAGCUUCGACGCGGAGUGGCGAUGAUGUAUCUGGCGGUGAAGUUGUUUUGCUUUUCCAUCGUCCUAAAUGUUGUGUGCGGUCGAUAUGCGACGUCGACCGAUGCCGAACCGCAGCAAACCUUCCGCAUCACGCCGAACGACAUCGAGGCGGCACAGGGCGACGAGGUGGUGUUGCGCUGCGAGAUAGAACACCUUGCCGGGCGGGUCCAGUGGACCAAGGACGGGUUUGCGCUCGGCUUCGGUAAUGAAAUCGUCGGAUAUCCGAGGUUUUCCCUGAACCAGAACCACAGCGACGGUGUCUACAAUCUGCGGAUCACCAACACUUCCUACGACGAUGCGGCCCUGUACCAGUGUCAGGUUGGGCCGGCGAAACACAACCAUCCAAUUAGGGCACAGGCCAAACUGACCGUCGUCGCCACACCCAAAGACUUUCACGGAAAGUAUGGCCGAACUUAGGGAGGAUUCUAUGGAACCUGUGGAAUACUACGUUCAAUUAGCAAUUUUGCAGAAUAGAAAUGUACGCUGCCAACAGUAUCAAUUACAGCUGACAAUGAUUGAUGGAGACUUGCUAGUAAUGCCAAAAUUAACUCCUAUUAAUUCAAAGGAAAGACACAUGAUAUAGCACGAGUAUUAUCCAUGAACGGUGGUUCGGAGUCAUCGUACAG